CUUUGCUCACGCAGGGCGGAAGAAUCUAAUAGUUCACAGAAGUUUAGUUGUAAUCAAUAUUUAAUUUUGGACAUACUGACGGUAAUUUAAACUUCAAUGAAGAGGAUUUUGGCUAAGGCGAAAGCUAAGCAAGAUGGAGGUGUUACUGUGGAACAUGCCCUCGAAAAAUACGUGGAUCGUCCGACAAUUGCAUGGAAUCUUCUCGAGUCAUCUCAAGUUGUAGAAAGGCUAAAGCUAAAUGAUAUACGAAGCCCAAAGCCUCCUGGGCACACAAGAUUUGUCUGCAUUUCAGAUACACACAACAGAACGGAUAGAAUGGAACAUGCUAUUCCCGAUGGGGAUAUCUUAAUUCACGCAGGAGAUUUCACCAGUUGUGGAACCCGUGAUCAAGUGAUCCACUUCAACAGAUUUUUAGGGACACUCAAUCAUCCUCACAAGGUUGUCAUCGCUGGUAAUCAUGACAUUUCGUUUGAUCUCAAGAGCUACGAUUCUCUGUGGUCAAACUUCACACGGAUCAGAGAGGAACCUGAGGAAACUCGGAAGCAACUUACAAACUGCAUUUAUUUGGAAGACGAGGAAAUAACUGUGCGGGGAUUUCGAAUUUAUGGCUCCCCAUGGUGAGUUAAAAGAGGCGUAGAGCACAUUUCUGGAGAGGCUUGGUAUAAACCGGUCUUGAAAAGCUUUUUUAAAUUUCAAAUACAGGUUUUUGUGACUCAGGUGUCUAUCAAGUGUUAACAAAACAAGCUCCUAGAUGAUAAUUCCCUAGGACAUUAAUUACACCAAAUUUGUUUGGGGAGUCAAGCAUUACAUGGGUCAUAACAUGCAUGAAUACAUUCAAAGUAAUUGUCAUUAGUUUACAUGACACCACAUCUGAUGUCCUGCUUGGCAGCACAGGGGCAGUAUAGGUGUUUACAUGUACAUUAUUACCAUCAGAGGAAUUUCCUUGGGAGAGAAUCAACUAGAGAUUGAGAGAUCUCUAGGUUUGGAUGUUGCUUUACCUUGUUGUAUUUCUAACUCUAAAUUUCCUCUCUUCAUUUUCCUUCAACUGGCGAUAAGUAAGGUGCAAGCUUUGUUUGCCUUAGAUACUUUCUUUAGUUACUACAACAGAUUUAUAUUCUGAUACAAUUCUAGGUCACCUGAGUUUUGCAACUGGGCCUUUAUGAAGCCUCGUGGUCAGCCAAUGCAGGAGACAUGGAACAAAAUCCCAGAUGGCAUUGAUAUCCUUGUGACCCAUGGCCCACCCUUAGGUACUGUAGUUUGCUCAAAUCCUUAACACCCUACAUCAGUGUGCCUAUUCUCUAUACUGUUCUCAUCACAUAUUCUCUUGUUUUGAUGAGGAAAAUUUGUUUGACAAUCAAAAGCUUCUUCAGCUUCACUGUAGUAAUAAUUUCCUUUAUCCUUACAAGCUUAAUGCUUGAUUCAGCAGUGAGACUGUAGGAAUAAAUCAGAUGCUUGUCACUCUCAGGGGUUCAAGGAUUAGGCAACUUAAAAUUACUCAUUAUUUGAGUGAUAAUUUAGCAAUAAGAGCUCCCUUAUCACUCUACAUUUCUGUGAAGCUUAAAAAACCAUAAAAACCAGUCGAAGAAAUAUUGGUGGAAUACUAUUGUGUCCCAAAGAAAAAGCCACAGGUGUGAGAAAACCAUACCACAAAGUUACCCAUUCCAGUAAUUAGCUUUAAGUGUGAAGGUUUUUACUUGUGCUUUGAACUGUAUUGCACAGUCAUAUAAUUUUCCCGUAACUAAUUGACUUAUUAUAUCAAACAAAGUGUUCACUGUUUUCUCAGCCUCAAAGUGUUACUUUACUCUUUAUAGGUCAUGGUGAUCUUGCAGUUUCAAGGCUAAGAGCUGGAUGUCUUAAUCUCUUACACACAAUACAGUCUCGCGUCAAGCCCAAGUAUCACAUUUUUGGACAUAUUCAUGAAGGUAUAUAACAUCAUAUAAAACAUUACCUCAGGUUGUAAUUUGUAUGACUCAGUUAUUGUAAUAGUUGCACUGUACAGUCACUGUGAUAUACAGUGUUUCACUGCCUCAAUGAUUAGGAAAGUUGAAUGUGAAGUAAAUUCUGUGUUCUAAUCAGAUACCGGCUGGCAGAUGAAAAAGCAAAAAAUUUUGAAGUAUUCGGUUUUUCAUACAAUAAACCCUUAAAGUUAUGGUCUGUUUGGCUUCAUUCUGUUAAGGGUUUUUUCAUAAACCUUGACAAACAAACAAACACAAUAAAUGGAGUAAGUUUCUAAAGAAACCGUGUUGUUGUAUUGGCAGGGGUUAUUACAAGAUAAUUUGGUUUUAUAAACUGAGGUGACAUUAAUUAAAAUGGCCACUGGUGAGAGUUUCUUAAGCUGAUGUUUUGAGCAUUAGCAGAAUAAAUGAUGUGAUAAUUGUUAAAUUCUGAAUACGUCUUUUAACCUAAUUUUUUUAAUAUAAUGACAUUCAAUAAUCAUUUAGUCCACAGAUGUAAGAAUAACAUUUUUCAAUUGUACUCCGUAGGAUAUGGAAUAACUACAGAUGGAGUUACGACAUUUGUUAAUGCCUCAUCAGUAACAAUCCAGUACCAGCCGUCUCAUCCACCAAUAGUAUUUGAUCUCCCAAACAAAGAAAGCCUUGAUCAAUCUUGA